UCCCAUCGGGGCUCAGUUACGAAAGCAAAAGGGUGGAGAGGGGAGCGGCAGCGAGGGACCGGAGCGCCCAUCUCCGAGUAGAUCCCGUAGAGCGGAGAACGUACGGCUCGGAUCCCGCCAACCGGUCGCCGGAAAUGAACAUCUUCAGGUUAGCGGGCGACAUGACGCAUCUCAUGAGCGUCCUCGUCCUCCUCCUCAAGAUCCACACCAUCAAAUCAUGUGCCGGUAUUUCUCUGAAGACCCAAGAGCUUUAUGCUCUUGUUUUUGCCACUCGGUACUUGGAUAUUUUUACUGAUUUUAUCUCAGUUUAUAAUACAAUUAUGAAGCUUAUUUUCUUGGGGAGCUCUUUCUCAAUUGUCUGGUACAUGAGACGACACAAACUUGUCCGUAGAUCUUAUGACAAGGAACAAGACACUUUUCGGCAUUUUUUCCUUGUAUUACCAUGUCUACUUUUGGCCCUAGUUAUGAAUGAAAAGUUCACAUUUAAGGAGGUUAUGUGGGCAUUCUCCUUAUAUUUGGAAGCUGUUGCGAUACUUCCUCAACUGGUAUUGCUGCAAAGGACAAAAAAUAUAGACAACUUGACUGGUCAAUAUGUCUUUCUCCUAGGGGCAUAUAGAGCAUUUUACAUUUUUAACUGGAUUUACCGCUACUUCACUGAGCCUCACUAUGUUCAUUGGAUAACAUGGAUAUCUGGACUGGUGCAGACACUGCUUUAUGCUGAUUUCUUCUACUACUACUUCAAUAGUUGGAAGAACAAUGUCAAGCUCCAUCUACCAGCAUAAAUCUGUCUUUCAAGGUCAGCUCUCGUAGGAUACAGCCAUCACGUGUGAAGAAUUCUCAUCCGUACGCUCACUAUUAUGAAGCCCAUCUGCUUGUUUGGGUGCUUUAAGCGACUUAAAACCGGUUUUAAGCAUGUCUGGCAUUUAUGAAUAUGUAAGAAUAUCCGAUCCCAUAUAUGGGGAAUGUAGAACUAUGUUCAAUUCAAGGUAUGUGUUCUUUUUAUAUUCCAAUUCAACUGUGCUAGAAGUCAGAUCUGAGGUUCCUUAUCUGUUUGCGAAGAUAACCUGAACUUUCUUUGCAAUUUAUUGUAUUAAAAAUCAUAAUAUUGGGAAUAUUUGAUGGUCUAUUAUUUA